UCAACCAACUCUAGGUCCUACCUUUAGAUUAUGGCUCUGGUCAAAGCCACUUACAAUUCGGUUGCCAAGGGCAGCCUGGAUCUUCAAAAAUCUACAGAUACUCACAUAUGCGCCCUCACCCUUCAAACAGGUGAUGCAGCCUGAUACAAAAAGGAUGGAUAUGACUUUUAGUAGAGCCAUACUGUUUUCACUGAUAUUAGCCAAAGCAUCAGCGCUAACUAAUUCUCAUAUCGCAGUGUCGUCCCCUGACUACUGUUACGACCCGUACCGAUGGUGUGGACCUAAGUAUUGGCAGGCCACAUUUCAAUACUGCACAAGUGACUUCAUGGAAUCCCAGUCCCCGGUGAUACUAAACCCCUUUCACAUGAUGAGGAAUCGGUCCAUGGGCCCACUUGAGCUGUUGGCCUAUGACGUCUUGCAGUCUGAACCAUGGAUCAUAAAGAACAUCAGAGACACUAUUGCAGUCGAGUUUAAUCCUGGAAUGUACCUGGGAGGAGCAAACCUCCCCCGAUCCUACUACACCUUUUACAUGGCCUUCCACUGGGGAUCCGAGACCACCAAUGGAUCCGAGCACAUUUAUAACGACAGACGCUACCCUAUGGAGAUGCAAAUCUUCCACCUUGUGCCCCCCUACCAAACCUUGAAUGAGGCUGCUUUCACGGAGAGGCAGGCAGUGGCCGUUUUGGCCGUUUUCGUUGAUAUUGGUCCUGAGGACAAUCCCGUCUUUGAGACAAUCUCCAGGGCUGUCCCGACUAUCCCUCUAGCAGGAGAUGAAAAGUUUAUCGAUCCAUUCCCUCUCCGUGACCUACUGCCCAAUGACACCUCCAAGUUCUACCAAUACACAGGAAGUUUGACUUUUCCAGAAUGCUUAUAUGCCGUUGAGUGGAUAGUGUUUCAAGAGCCCAUCUAUAUCAGCCAAAAACAGUAUAAUCGCUUCAUCGGAACAGUGUACUAUCAUGAGCCAGAGGAGGGUGAGGAGCCGAGACUGCUACUCCAAAACUAUCGGCCAACGCAGGCCCUGUUUGACCGGAUACUGAUUGCCAGUGCUAAUGCCGCCGUACCAAUGUUCUCCUCAUCUCACAGCCUAGUUGCCAGUCUCCUGGCCGUCCUCUUGACCAGCCUGGUGUCCCUCCUGCUCCCGAGGAUGACAUGAGGCUCAGUCCCCUGUGUGUGCUUGUAGGUCAUACAUACAUACAUACAUACACACAUAUGGAUAAAAUUUACUUUUACUUUA